AAUAAAGAAAAAGAAGACGCUUUAAAGUGAAAAGGAAGCAGACAAAUUGUCAGCUGUGGUUUAAUUCUUAUAUCUGUGGAGUUUGAGCAUUGUAUCACAUACUCUGUAAUCGAUUCAAGCAAUGGAGUGCAUUCGUCUCUGUGGAGUAACUUAACUUAACGUUUGAGCGUCUCUGUUUGAAGAGAUGGACGACCACUUGUUUCUUUAUAGCCAAUUCUUCCAUUGUUCUCUGCAUAUCUGUUAAAGGAGAUUCAAGCAACGGAGUACAUUCAUCUCUCUGAAGUAACUUAACGUUUCAGAUCUCUUUGAAAUAAUGGAUGAAAUUCUCCAUUCUCCCUCUGCGUAUUAGUUAAAUCAGUAACUUAACGUUUCAGAUCUCUUUGAAAUAAUGGAUGAUCACUUGUUUCUUUCUCGCCAAUUCUCCAUUCUCUCUCUUGCGUAUUAGUUAAAUCAGGUUUAAGAAAGUUGUAUAUGUUUGAAUAAAUUGAUGGAGUGUCUAUGUGGUUUUGCAUCUUCUGUUUCAAGAGAUUUAGUGUGUGGAGCAUUAAAUCAAUUACGUUAUCCUUGUUGCUUUAAAAAUUUCGUCAAAAGGCUUGAAGAAGAAGAGAGCAAUUUGAUUAUAACGAAAGACAGUGUCCAAAAAUUUGUUACGCACAACAAGAAACAAGCGAGAAAGCCCAGUGAAAUUGUGGACAAGUGGUUGGAAGAUGCUAUCAAUGAUGUACACAAUGUCAAUCAGUUGCUGGAAAAGGCAAGAACACAAAAACAUUGUUGCUUUGGGCACUGCCCAAAUUGGAUUUGGCGAUAUCAUGUUGGAAAAAAGUUAGCAAACAAAACUAUGCACCUCGAAAAGGUCAUUGAAGAGGGCAGAAAAUAUGUGCCAUUUGACCGCAUCGCUACGCUUCCUUCAAACACCCUUCAUAUGCUUUUAGAAAAAGGCAUGAAUUUUGAGAGCAGACUAUCUGCUUAUGAGCAACUACUUGAUGCAGUGAAAAAUAAUGAUGUUUCCAUGAUUGGGUUGUAUGGGAUGGGGGGUUGUGGUAAAACAACAUUAGCGAUGGAGGUUAGGAAGUUCGUAGAAGCAGAGCAUCUUUUUGAAAAAGUUCUUUUUGUACCUGUUUCUAGUACCGUGGAAGUUCGGAGGAUUCAAGAAAAAAUAGCUAGUUCACUGCAAUUUGAAUUUCCAGAAACUGAAGAAAUGCAGAGAGCCCAAAGAUUGUGCUCAAGAUUAACUCAAGAGAAAAAUAUUUUUAUAAUUCUCGAUGAUGUGUGGGAAAACCUUGACUUUGGUCGUAUUGGGAUUCCUUCUUCUGAACACCAUAAAGGAUGCAAGAUUCUCAUUACCAGUAGAUCAGAAGCAGUUUGUACUUUAAUGGACUGUCAAAGAAAGAUUUACUUGCCAAUUUUAACGGAUGAAGAAGCAUGGACUCUUUUCCAAAAUAAAGCACUUAUAUCAGAUGCCACCUCUGAUACCUUAAAGGAAAUAGGAAGAUUAAUUUCCAAUGAAUGUAAAGGAUUGCCGGUUGCCAUUGCAGCUGUUGCUUGUAGUUUGAAGGGAAAAGCCGAGACGGAAUGGAGGGUUGCAUUGAAUAAAUUGAGACACUCUAAGCCAAUAAAUAUUGAAAGAGGUUUGACUGAUCCCUACAAGUGCCUGCAGUUGAGCUAUGAUAAUUUAUAUGCUAAAGAAGCUAAAUCACUUUUCCUGUUGUGCUCUGUGUUUCCUGAAGAUUUUGAAAUUCAAAUUGAACUUUUAACAAGAUGUGCAAUAGGAUUAGGUGUAGUUGGAGAAGUUGACUCAUAUGAAGAGGCAAGGAGUGAAGUCAUUGCAGCUAAAAAUAAGCUUGUUAGUUGUUGUUUAUUGUUGGAUGCAGAUGAUGAAUGUGUCAAAAUGCAUGACAUAGUUCGUGAUGUGGCCCACAUAAUAGCAAAAGAUGAGAAUAAGAUGAUCAAGUGUGAAGUGGAGAAAGAUGUUAGAGUGGAACAAAAUUCAGUAAGAUAUCUAUGGUGUGUGAAAUUUCCAAAUGAUUUGGAUUGCUCCAAUCUUGAGUUUUUAUGCUUACGGACAAAGAUGAAAGAAUUUGAUGGGAUUUUCAAAAGAAUGGGAAUGCUCAAAGUUUUGAUUCUUGAGAACGAUGACGAUGAGGAAAGAAUGGGAUUGUCAACAAUAUCUUUCAAAACAUUAACAAAUCUUCGUUGUCUAUUCAUUGAGAAUUAUGAAUUGAGCGACUUCUCAUGUUUUGGCGGUAUGAAGAAUCUUCAAAGUCUCUCGUUGUAUAAUUGUUUACUGCCUUCAUUUCCUGAAUUACAAACCGAUGUUGCGAUUACACUAAAAUUGUUAAAUGGAUGUAACAUUAAAGUGAAGAAUUUUGAAGUGAUUAAAAGAAUCCCGCUUUUGGAAGAGUUGUACAUUAUUGAUAUUAAAGGAGAAUGGGAUGCUAACAGUGAAGACAAUAUUGAAUUUUUUAAGACGUUUAGCAUUCCCGAAACACUGCAAAGGUAUGGAAUUGUAUUAGGGUCCCAUAAAUUUUACCGUUUUAAUUAUGAAGGUAUUUUCAUUCAUGGAAGAACUUUAUUACUUAACCAUUUUGACAUAUCAAAUGAGGUAAUAAAGGGUUUGGCAAAAAAAGCAAAGGAUUUAUUUGUAGGAAAUAUUCAUGGAGGUGGAAAAAAUAUCAUCCCUGAUAUAUUUCAAAUUGAAGGAGGAGGUUUGGAUGAGUUGAAUAAGUUGGAGAUACGUGAUUCUGAAGAGUUAGAAUGUUUGAUUGACACUCGUAGUCACUCGAGUGAGGUGGUAACUCUCUUCUCCAAGUUGCAUACACUGAGAAUCAGAGACAUGCAAAAUCUAAGAGUUCUAUGGAAUUGUUUUCUACCUGCCAAUGGGCCUUUUGAGAACUUAGAGAAGCUGUAUUUAAGUGAUUGUCCAAGACUGACAUCUCUCUUCACGUAUGUUGUUGCUCGAAGUUUGGUAAAAUUGAAAAUAUUAAAAAUAUCAAGAUGUGAUGAACUGAAGUAUAUAUUAGCAGAUGAUGACAAAACGGAGGAAGGUGAAGAUGUACAAAUUUUCCAAAAUCUGCAGGAUGUACAGAUAUAUAGCUGUCGAGAAUUAAAACAUAUAUUCCCAGCCAACAUUGUUGGAGGCUUAACUCAAUUGAAAGUUGUUGAGAUAGGAGAAUGUAACAAGCUAGAUCAAAUAAUUGGAGAUAUUGUUCCAUCAACAGACUGUGAUAAACUAAUAGAGGAAGGAACUCUAUCCAGCCCUGGAGGCCUUAAGAUAAAACGUUGUGGGAAGUUAGGCUCAAUUUUUGCAGCAUCUAUAGCUAAGAACUUGACUUCUUUGGAAGAAUUGUACAUACGAGGGUGCAAAAGUUUGAAGGAUAUAGUAACUCACGAAACGGUCAAAAAAAAUCAGGAGGAAAGCAUUGUUGAGGAUGAACAUGAUUGUCAGAGUCAUAUUUCAAUCUUCCAAAGUUUGAAGAAGAUACAUAUCCUUGAUUGUGAAUUAUUGGAGGGUAUAUUCCCUGUUUCUUUUGUUGGAGAAUUGAAUGAUAUAACAAAUAAAGAGGCUGCUGAUUUGAAAGACUUCGAUAGUCGAAAUAAUACUCAAAUCGAGCUUCCUGCUUUACAAGUACUUCAACUUCGUGGUAUUCGGGACAGAACCAUUGUUGGUAGUUGUGAUGUGAUAUGUCCAUCUUUAAGAACACUAUCAUUGGAUAUUGGGAGAUAUGUUGGGUUUUUCAACAUAAAUUGUUCAAGUGAUGCUUCAGAAGCUACAGAAAGGGAUUCUAUUGCAAUCAAGAUAUCGAACUCAGAUUUUGAUCCGCCGGUUGAAAGUGUUCAAUGUCUUUCAAAACAACCACAUGGUUUGAACUUGAUUAUGACACACAAUAUUAGAGAAAUUCGACUGAAAGGCUUUGAUAAGGCAAAGUACCUUUUUAAACUCUCCAUUGCUUCAUCAUUGACGAUGUUGGAAAUUUUGACAUUUACCGAAUGUCUUGGACUUGAGUACAUUAUAGACACUGAUGAUGAAUAUGGCAAAGAGAAUAUGAAAGCUAUCUUUCCCAACUUAAAACAACUCUAUGUGUAUGACUGUUUCCGAUUGAAAUAUAUGUUUUGGCAAUAUGACGUAGCUAAUAAGGAUUAUAAGGAGAUUCAUAUUCAAUUCUCAGCAUUGGAAAAACUAUCUCUUGAGAAUCUACCAAAGUUUGUUAGCAUUUGUUCUACCAACAAUCUCAUUGUGACGUGGUCAUCUUUGAAGGACUUUAAGUGUUACAGAUGUUUCUUUCCAUUUUAUGGUUCAAGAGAGGCUAUUAUCACAAGAUCCGAAAGGGAUUCAGAACCUUCUCCCCACUUUGCAAAGUAUAUACAUAACGCAUUCUGA